CUAAUUUCUUUGUUGGGUUUUACAAUUAGUUGGCUUGUGUUGUUGUAUUCAGCGGACCCUAUAAAGAAGCCCCAAGCCUCUCUUUCACUUUCUGUCCUCCCUUAUUGGUUAGUCUACGACAAGAUGGAAGCUUGGAAAAUGGAAGAUUCUCAAAACUACUGCUUCUUCAUCGGACGCCAUGAUAUCAGAAUGGGUGUGCCUGAAGGAGGGAUUAAAAUAAUAAAUAAAAAUUCUGAUUGCUACAAAUUGGCAAAUUGCCAGGAGACAAUGGCAUCAAAUCAAGAGACAAGUGGAAGCUCUUUAGGGGAUCCUGUAAGAAAUAUUCUCAAAGAAUUCUCACUGAAUGAACUUGAUCUUGAUCAACCUACUGACGAUGCUGUUUUUGUGAGUCUUGGACUUAAUUUUGACUAUUCCUUGGGUAUCCAUCUUGGCCUGUCUGAGUCAGAUAUUACAGCCAUCAAAAGAGACAAUGACUCAGACCAAGAUAGAGUCGUUGCUUUGUUCUGGAAAUGGCGAGAAAUAAAAGGAUCAGGUGCAACAUACCUCUUAUUAUUGAAAGUUCUUAUUGAAAACAAAAACCAAGAAGCUGCUGAGAAGUUGUGUCAGUACUAUAAGGACAAGCACCAGAAAUCAUCAAGCACUGAAUCAAGUCCAUCCAAGUUUGAAACACAAUCAUCUCUUCCUUCAUUGCCUCCUAAAACCAGACAACCCAAUUACAGCCGUUCUAUAAGUUAUCCUGUUGAUAAUCAGAAGAAGGUGAUGUGGUGUGAGAAAAUCCCUGGGAAUAAAGCAUGGAAGAUCUUUGACCGACAUCACGAUAGAAUUGUCAAUAUUCUUCGAAGCGAUGCCAUUCUUUGUGACAGCAUGCUUAAGAUCCUAGCAGACAUGUUUUUAAUUGGAAUAGCCGAGAGAGGUUUUAUUCAGCAGCUGACAAGCUUGGAUAUUAAAAGUAAAGCUAUCAUGAGACGCGUAUCUACCUUCAUCAGUAAAGCUAGAAAUCCUGUACGUGCUUUUGUAAAAUUUUCGGCCAUCAUUGAAGAAUUUGAUUAUUUUAAAGCUAUUUAUAAAGAAAUAAAGACUGAAGCUUCUACUGUUGGAAUUAUUAUUAAAACUUCUGUUGAGUUAGCAAAAGCAAAAAGGUCUCCAUCCCUCGCUAGCAAAGAAGCAUCUGCUGAUUUUUCAGAUACAGAUAAUGCUGGUUAUGAUGAAUCUCUGUUAACUCCAUCUAUUAAGAAGUAUUCACGUCAUUUGAAGAGCUGCUAUAAAAAAGAAAAGCCUGAUCAGAAGUGGUCUCUAGAAAACGUUCCGUCUAAACUUUACAUCAAUCUGGCCGUUGUUUGUAAAAAUGAAGAUUAUCGCGAUCCUUUCUCUAAUUCCACAAUACAUGGAACCAAUGAAGAUAUUUUUAGUCACAAAGAAUCUCUCUCACUUGAAGAGCUGUGCAGGAUUGAGUAUGGAGAAGCUGUCUUGAUUGAGGGUGCCCCAGGGAUAGGAAAGUCAAUGCUUGCGUUUGAGAUAUGCAGUCGUUGGGUCAAGGGAGAAGCUUUGAAAAAAUAUCCUCUUUUAUUAUUACUUCGUCUGAGAGAUAAUGAAGGUGAUCAGCUCUGCCUCAUAGAAGCCAUGAUACCACUUCGGUGUUGCUAUGUUACUUUUUCUAACCUCAGUCCUGAUGAGUGUGCAGUGCUUCUAACCAAGGUAUCUAGUAUUACUGAAGUUGACAUAUACCAGUUGGGAUCCAGUAGCAUUGAAAAGGUCAUUGAAUGCUUACCUAACUCAUUGUCUCUCGAAGUACUACACAUUGAACAAAGUCAUUGCACUCCAGAGAACCUCAGCCUCCUACCCACAACACUCCCUUCCUCUACUCUCAUUACACUAGAGCUAGUUAAUUGUGCCAUUGAUUCUAGCAGUGUUCGUACUGUUAUUGAUGCAGUGCUAAUGUCUCGCCAUCUAGAAGCUCUUAAUUUGAGGGAUAAUUAUAUUGACGAUGAAGGAGGUGCUCGUCUAUGCUCUAUGCUCAAGCAGGUUUUUGGGUCAUCUGAAGAACCUGGUAGUGACCACGACAGCAGUCACAGUUUUAAUUUCCUUGACAUUGGGCAUAAUCCAUUUACGGGACAUGGAAUAUCAAGUUUUAUCGAUGAACUAGCUCACUUUAAAAGUGAUAGCAUUAACUUCACUCUCUCUUUAUCACUUGGUUGGAAGGAUUUAGUUUGUAAACAUGUUUCUUUUACAAAAGUUGAGCAGCUUUUAAAAUUUGAAAGUAAUGAGGACGAUUGA